AGGAUUAUGCUGUUGGUAGCAAGUUAACCUCUUAGUCUGUUUGCGCGGUAUUGGUUUCGCAGUGAUAGUGGCCAUGGUCAGCGCUAUUGUUGCUCUCGUCUAUCUAAAGUUGGAAGAGAAAAGGAACCGAGGGCUCAUUCGGCCGACGACAAACUUCGAGGUCCUACAGAUCCUGGAAAAUUAUGUCCCGACGAUUUUUGCGACGCUUCUCGAGCCCUUUUGGGUGCUUGUCAACCGACUCCUCUGCAUUAUUCAACCGUUCCGAGAUCUAUGGAUGGGUCGAAAGACUGCCGGCGGAUCCAUCAACGCAAGAUACACAUCUUUACCUCCUCAACUGGCUCUGUGGCGUGCAGCAAAGUCCGGUCAUUUCAUGCUCAUGGCGAUAUGUGUCUUGGCUCUCCUUUCGAAUCUGCUCGCUGUCGGCCUCGGUGGUCUCUUCAACGAGUUUCCGGUAGUGAUUCAAAGCCCGCAAGAGUUUCAGCAAACCCUCUUGCCGCAGUUGAACGGCACGUCAAUCUACUCCAUUGAGGCCAGACAGCUUUUUAGUACCAGUAGGACAGCUUACGGAGUGCCUUUCUACAUAACGAUGAACAACAUCUCUCAAGGUACACCUCUUCCCGCUUGGAUUACCCAUGACUACUUUUUUCAGCCGUUUACCCUUGGGCCCGGGGUGGAGGGGACGAGCGACAGCUAUACGGCGCGAACGAGAGGGUUCGGCUUGGACCCGUCGUGUUCCGCCAUCGGCACCUUCGAAUCGACAGUCAAAGCUCCCGUUAUCAACUACACGUACAUCCGGGACGGCGAAGCAGUUCCCAACUGUACCACCACUCACCAGGCUUACUCGUUCGACUUCAACGCCACCCAACACCCACCAUUGAAUGGAGAAUGUGCAGCUGAGGAGGUCAGGAUGUUUGGCGACAGCAACAAUCUGGUUCCUUGCAAUGUUGCGUUCAGCAUGGGCUGGGCAAGGGCCCCGAAUAUCACGAACAAGAAGGAUGGGAAGAUGGAAUCUACGUUUCUCGUUUGCGAGCCGACCUUCACGACAGCAAUGUUCGACAUCACGGUAGACCGCGACGGUCGCAUCUCCCACUCCGUUCUGGCUUCAGAGCCAUCGCCGACUCUCGAUUACCCCAUGUCCACCAACCACACCGACGCGGUUGCGGUUUUGCUCAACAAAGUCUUCUUCAAGGACGGGUUGCGAUGGCACAACGACAGCCUGUCCCUGGACUGGUUCAACUACCUGAUCAAGAUCUCCGACCCGGACAGCCACGUCCUCGACCCGACCGUCUUUCCGAACGCGACCGCCCUCGCACCGACCGUCGAACGGAUAUACCGACAGCUCUACGUUCUCAUGUUAGGCCUCAACCCCUCCUUUCUCUUCCUCGAGUACCCGGAGCCCGUCACCAUCACGGGCGUCCAGCGCAGGAGUGAGACGCGCAUCUUUCUGGACGCCACCGCGCUCAUCAUCAGCCUGGUGGUGCUCGGCAUCAACAUCCUCGUCGCCGCCACGCUCUACGGCUUCUCCAUCAAGCACUUCCUCCCGCGCAUGCCGACGACCAUCGGAUCGAUCCUCGCCUACGUCGCGCCGAGCAGGGCGGUACGCGAGUACGACGGGCCCGAGAGCCUAAAGGGCGCGACGUUCAGUUUCGGACGGUACGUUGGCGAUGACGGGCGGGCGAACGUGGGUAUCGAACUCGACCCGUUCGUGGUACCGGUUAAGCUUUCUUCGCUGAGAAAGGGAGACACUGAACCCAGGAAAGGGUUGCUGAGUCGGGUGAUGGGCAGGAGAGCCGAGAAGGGUGGGGAUACCUGGUUAUAAGAGGGGGCGAGGAGGAAGGCGUUUUUUUCCGGAUGGGAUGAAAAUCACGACAUGAG